AUGAACUACAUUAGCUAUCAACCUGUCCUUCUCCUCAGCGCCCUUGUUACUAUCCGGAUAUUUGUCGAAAUAUUUGUAAGUGAAUUUGACCUUCUCCUUGACAUCCUUUCACGAGGGGAAUGCCGUCGACAUUACUUUGUUUUUAGUUUAUCCUUUACUGGUCUUCAUCCUUGUUUAUUGAGAGAAUGGACGUGGAUUUUAAACAAUGCCUGUGACAUCAAUAAGACUGUUGAUGAGAUCAAAGGGCUAAACUGGAGAAUUGUUGGAAAAUGGGAUGGAAAAUAUCAGCUCUUUCUUUUUCUUCCUUUCUUUUUCUUAAUUCAUUCUACCAUUUUCUUUCUUUUACCUAGUCAAUCAUUCUUUCCAAUAUUCUUUCAUUGCAUCUUUCAAGGAAUUUUUUUUCCAUUUUUAAUUUUUCUUUACUUUUCUCUCUUUUUGUCAAAUUCUCUUUUUUUGCCUUUUUUCAAUUCUUUCUGGCUUCUUUCUUUUUUCUUCCUUUCUUUCACGGAUUCUAUCCCCUUAAUUUUUUUUCAAUUCUUUCUUUCUUUCUUUCUUUCUUUCUUUCUUUCUUUCUUUCUUUCUUUCACUGAUUCCACCCCCAUACAAUCUUUUCAAUUCUUUCUUUAUUUAUUUCGUUCUUUCUUUCUUUCACUGAUUCUAUUCCCAUACACUAUUUACUAUUCUUUCUUUCUUUCUUUCUUUCUUUCUUUCUUUCUUUCUUUCUUUCGUUUCGUCGUUCGUUCACUGAUUCCAUCCCCAUACACUAUUUUCAAUUCUUUCUUUCUUUCUUUCUUUCUUUCUUUCUUUCAGUCUCGUUCGUUCACUGAUUCCAUCCCCAUAAACUCUUUUCAAUUCUUUCUUUCUUUCUUUCUUUCUUUCUUUCUUUCUUUCUUUCUUUCUUUCUUUCUUUCUUUCACUGAUUUUUUACAGAUUCUAUCCCCAUACACUCUUCUCAAUUCUUUCUUUCUUUAA